AUACUGUGUGGUGGGGAUGGUGCGGUGGUUAGUGGGGGGAACAGCUCCCCCCACUCCCUCGUGACUCGCGCCGAAUGCGAUACAGUAAGUUUCGGGAAUGUUUCACCCGUCUCUCGCGCCCUGCGGUUCGCUCGGGCAACAUCAUGUGAGUUGCGCUGUCGUGUCAAGUCCUCGAUUUUUUUUUUGUUUUACUGUGCGUCGUCGCGGGAACUGCGCAGAUCGAGCGGAGAGACGGCUGCGUCACGUGCGGUCUACCCUGUGCGAAGCUAUCAGCUCCGCGCCCCCUCUCAACUGUUCUCAUCGGCGGCCUGCACGAGCAAGUUGUUUGUGUUUCGGCUCGUGUUAGGGGAAUAUGGUUUUGUGUGCAGUCUCGAAGGGGAACACGUGCCUUGAAGCGGAUUCAUCCACGACCUGUUUUUCGCAAACCAGUUCUUUGCAAUUUUUUUAUUCCUCCCCUGCGCCUUGGCGAAAUCUGCACGGGGCGAAGUCUUGACUUGUUUGGCGAUAGACGUGACACGCGCCUGUGCACAAUAGCUCAAGUGUCGCGUGCGCGGCAGACUCCGGUUUUUUUUUUCGCAAGGUCGCGGCGGAUUUCGCACAACCAGUUUUAUCGCCACCUUGCGAAAUACAUUUAUCUCGAGAGCUUGUCAGGUCCGAUCACAAGAGUCUGGUUUGAAGAUCUUGCUCGGCGAAGGUGCCUGUGUCGUGAUCCACCCUGCCGGUGUUGAUCGGGGACCUGGACUCCGCGGCGCGGCGGUGACGUAGCGCGCUCGUCGCGGCGGAAGGAUACACUUGGCGCGGCCGCCGCUGACGUCAUUGUCUUUAUGCCCGCUGCAGGCGCAGGGAGUGCCGGCCGGUGAGGAUUUUCUGCCGGAAACAGCUCUUUGUAACACUAGUGCGCGUGACGAGAGUCGCCGAGGUGGUGUUGAUGGAGUUUGUGGGCGAGGAGUACCUGGCCAAAAUGACAGUGCCGCCCAAAAUGGAUAUGAACGAGGAUAAAGCAGAUGAGCCGAGUUCUGCUGGGAAGGUUGUGCUGAGUAAUAUCCCUCCACAUGUACGAAUCGAAGAAUUGGAGCCUCUGCUGACAUCUAUUGGGCCAUUUCAAAACUAUGAAAAACUCAAUUCACGUGAUGGUUCUACCCAGACUUUCCAGAUCAGCUACGAAACUCAAGAACAUGCUCAACAUGCUGCAAACCAGUUGAAUGGUUUGGAGUUUGAAGGGAGCUCGCUGAAAGCUGAAGUUUCGAUGGAGCGUAGAGGUAGAGGGAGAGGCUCCAGGGGGCCGGGCGGCCAGUUCUCGGGACUCCCGGGAUCCGGUCGACAGACAGACUUUCCUCUGAGAAUCCUGGUGCAGAGCGACAUGGUUGGAGCAAUUAUUGGGCGCCAGGGGACUACAAUCCGUCAGAUAACACAGCAGACACGAGCAAGAGUGGACGUACAUAGAAAGGACAAUGUGGGCUCACUGGAGAAGGCUAUCACAAUCUACGGCAACCCAGACAACUGCACCAAUGCAUGCAAGCGGAUUCUGGAGGUCAUGCAGCAGGAAGCAAACAGCACAAAUAAAGGGGAAAUAUCAUUAAAGAUUCUAGCUCAUAACAACCUGAUUGGUCGAAUCAUUGGAAAAGGCGGCAACACAAUCAAAAGAAUCAUGCAAGAUACAGAUACCAAAAUAACAGUUUCCAGCAUCAAUGACAUCAAUAGUUUCAAUUUGGAGAGGAUAAUCACAGUGAAGGGCACAAUUGAAAACAUGUCGAAAGCAGAAGCUCUCAUCAGUGCCAAACUACGCCAGAGUUACGAGAAUGACCUUCAAGCAAUGGCACCCCAGAGCAUGAUGUUUCCUGGCCUGCACCCUAUGGCUAUGAUGGCCACAUCCAACCUUGGCUACACAUCUCGCAGCUCUGGUUUCCCAGGAGGUUUGUAUGGAGCUGGGCCAGCACCAUAUCCUUCCAUGUACCCAGCAGCACUGCCCUCGCAACCUGGGGGGCAACUAGGAGGUGACAUACAGGUCGAUGAAACAACAUUUUUAUACAUCCCCAACAAUGCAGUAGGAGCCAUCAUUGGGACCAAGGGAACACACAUUCGGAACAUUAUUCGUUUCUCUGGUGCUUCUGUAAAAAUAGCUCCUUUAGAGCAAGACAAACCACAAGAACAGCAGACGGAAAGAAAAGUCACAAUUGUAGGUUCUCCAGAAGCACAAUGGAAGGCACAGUACCUGAUAUUUGAGAAAAUGAGAGAAGAAGGCUUUGUUGCCGGUACUGACGACGUAAGAUUGACAGUUGAAAUCUUGGUGCCUUCAAAUCAAGUAGGAAGAAUAAUUGGGAAGGGUGGUCAGAAUGUACGUGAGCUCCAGCGAGUAACAGGAUCAAUUAUCAAACUGCCAGAACAAGGCAGUGCCCCCCCUCAAGAGGAAGAGACGACCGUUCACAUCAUAGGACCCUUCUUUUCCGUUCAAUCUGCCCAGCGGCGAAUCAGAGCGAUGGUUCUGCAAGCGCAGCCGUUGGCUGCAGGAGGCAGGGCUGUUCGUACCGGUUCUCGCCGGGAGCCGAUCCAACAAUAGACAAGCCCAGUCGGUUGACACAACGUAUAUACCUCAAACUAUAUUAAAAUGCAAUCCACAUUAUACCAAAGAUGUGAUGAGAACUGGAGGAAAAAACACCACCAGAGUUCCUCUAUUCGUGUGACUCGGUUCCUCCAUGUUGUGCGCCUUCUCUACAAACAGCAGUAGUGUGUGUUCUGGAGGAACGGUGUCUGUGAAGUUUGACGGGGUUGAGGUUCAAAGAAAGAGAAUCGUUGUGAAGUUACUUUCGGGGAUAGUGAAAAGCAGCAUUGCUUGUCCCAUUUUAUUACUAUUGAUCAGUGGGUUUGUAAUCAUAAACUGUUUUUUAUUAAUACGAAGAAAAGCAAAUGAGGCAGUGGUUCACACGCAGCAAGACAAGUUUUGUUUUUAUUGCGAGGACAAUUUGGGAGUGAAAUGGGAGACGGUUGCGUGUGACAAACAUAAGCCUUGUUAUUCCUUCCCUGUUUAUUCCACGAUGGCAUUAAUUACCUCUUCCCAAUUAUUAUGGGGAGAGGUUAAUGUUUAUAUUUUUCCAGAAAUCGAAUAUCUGGAAAUUAUGUUUUGUCGUUUUACUGUAUGUAAAAAGUAAAAGGUCCACCAAACUUAAUUCAGUCAAAGUAUAUGGAAAUUGAGGGAAAACAUGUCGGUGUGUUUUUAAUGUGAUACGAAUUUAAGAUGUUUUAAUAAAAGCCUCGUUUUUUGAGGUUCUGUGGAGGUGAGAGAUUAUGUAAAUGAAUGCAAUUCAGGGUGUCUGGAUGUACCAUCUUGUCCGAGAUCCUGAUGUUUAGUUAGUACAAAGGUUACAUUAAAUAUGUAAAAGGGUACCACUCAUUGUGUGGUUCUCAUUUUGCAUUUUAUAAGCAAAGUUAUUGAAACAAAAGUUUAUUUUUGAUACAUUGUUGGGGGGAAAAAUCUUUUUGUUAGAUUUUAAUAUAAAAAAUUAAAACUUUUCACGUAGCUUUUUUUGGGCUAUGUGGUAAAAAUGGAGAAGAAAACGUUAGGUGAGUGAGUGUGGACAAUAGCUGCACAUUCCCUGGUCAGGGUCAGCCAAGUGUUUCUUUACCAACAGCCAACAAAUCGACACCAUCUCAACCCACGUGCACGCAUUACCCGCAAAGCCUCAGCGUUUUUCAAUUCAUUCGAAACUGCUUCGUAAUGUCUUUCUAAAUUAUCAAAAAUUUAUAUUACAUAAAUUUUUCUCAACUAUCAUACUUUUGGGAGAUAAUUUUUAGGCCGAAAAACUUUACAAAUUGUUAUAAACCUUCACAGACAUUUAACUAACUUUUUGGGGGUGCAGAAUUUUAUGUUCAUAGAAGCAAAUUUUCUAGAAUAUUUAGAUAGCACAAAUCACCUAAAAAUUGUAUUUGUGCAUUAUUUGGUAAAUUUUAUGGUAGUUUGGCUUCAAAAAUUAAGCUAAAAUACCCAUUUAUAAAAUGACAAAUACCAUCACCACCAAGCCCUCAUUUGUUAAUACAAAUAGCAUAAAUACAUGAAGUGGAUGCUAUUGUAUUGUUAAAAAGAUAAUUUAACCAAUCUUUACCUUACCGACUGACACUGUAAACUAGGUGGAUACUGACGUUACUACAGUAAACAUGAUGCAGGGAGACCUAAUCUACCAAGUCACUACAAGGCUUUAGAAUAAUAUUGGUCUUUUUCAUGUGAACAUAAUUAUACAUUAUCUUGAGAAAAAAAAACAAGCACACUUGCAAACUAAAAAAACCUGUAAAAAAAGUAAGCUGAAACUUAGAAGACUGGGAAUUAAGUUUUUCCAUUCAAUGAAAAAUAUAUAUGAUGUUGUUUCCCAAUAUCAGUCUUAUAUGAGUUUAUAAAUAUUUUGAGUAAUGCUCAAAUAGUUUCAAGCUAAAGGAUGCGCUGAUGAUGUAAUUGUUAAGUAAAAGGUAAUAGGACAUGAAACAUACAGAAAUAAGUUUUAAGAAGGAAAAAAUUUCUUUUUCAGUAGUAGUUAAGAAAAUUCCAACUUAUUCCUGUAGUAAUUGCUCUGAACUGAAAGGAAAUGCCAAUGUUAAUGUCAAAAUCAGUUCCUUAAAAUAGUUCAGUUCUGUCAUAUAACAGUUUGUUUGUUCUUUUACAUAGUAGUUUGCCUUAAGUGGUUUGUUAUCUUGUAAGAUAUCUUAAUAGAAAGCACUCUGCUUCUUGUGUUAAAUAUUUGGGGUACACAUGCAAGUAUUGAUAACUGAGCUCAGUGCUUGAACAAACUCAUAUACUAAGUGUAAUAUAUAUAUAUAAUUGUAUAGAAUGCAUAUUUUAUGAAUGUUAUUGUUAUACAGAAGACAAUAUUUCUCUGUUGAUUUACCGAACUCAGGUUUUGCUUUAAAUACCAGUUACCUCACAAGUCUCUACUUGAGGCUUGCAACAACUUCCCACUUGUGUAAGCACUGAGCCAGGUGUAUUUUGCAUCAUGUAUUCCUACCUAGGUUGUAUGUUGCAGUUGGGAAAUGGUUUUAUAAGAGUACAAAAUUAGUUUCACAAAGAAAGUUGUUACUUCCAUGUUGUAAAAAAAAGAAGCAGGGUGUUUUGGAUGUGUUCAAAAUAUAACGGGCAUAUUGUUAACUGCAGAUUGUGGUAUUGAUUUUACAGAGAACUCAUUGUUACAGGUUUCUCUUCUAGAAGUACAGUAGUAAUUUGAGUUUUUGUCACAAAGGUGGGAUUGCCAUCAUUUGUGUACUUUUUUUGGUUCGGGUGUGGGAUAGUCUUCACUGAUUGCCUUUUCCCAGUGGAAUGGUUUUGCUGCCUGUGAAGCAAAACAAUCUAUAUUUCAUUGUGUGCCCAACUGAGCACAAAAACACAGCAAGUUUAUUCACUACCUCAGACAGUUAACAAAAGUAUAGUUUUGAGGGAAAAUAAAACAGUUGUGAACAGAGAAAACAUGUUCAUCAGGCAGGUUAUAACCAAGUUGCUUCACAUACGUGGCCGUAAAUAUUCAAGUAAAUCUUUACACAUUGUGCCUCACGUCAAAACUUCCAGCUUGGCAACUUGAAGCUACUAGUGUUGCAGUUCAAGCACAAUUUAACAUCAAAAUGUCGAUUUCGAAAUAUGCUUGAUGCAAUAACAGCCUGCCAUUUUCCAUCAAUUAUGUAUUAGUUAUUGCAUGCUGACAGAAUGUUAAAAGAAAUCGACUGGUCAUUCAGUUUUCAUUUGGCUAUUCAAUGGUCAAUUUUAAAAUAUGUAAACUGCUUUUUAAGCUUUGUAGGAAGGCUUUUCAUAAUUUAAUAAUGGUUUAGCAAAUGCAUUAUCUGGGCAGAAUAUGCCUGAAGAUUUGAUCAAAGCAUCUAGUUUAAAAUGUUUAUCAUCGAAGAACCUUCCUAUAUAUACAUUUGUAUUUUUGUUUUCAAUAUCAAAAUAUUUUUUUUGAAACUAUUGACAGUAAUUAUAAAUUCAAAGUGAUUUAUUAAGAGAAUUUAACUUUAGGGCAUUUAUUUUCUGUAAUAGUUUUGGUAACCAUUUUUCUUAAAAUAGUUUUACUGAUUUGAACUCCAUUUUAUUAAUAGAGAAGUGAAAUUGUGUUUAGCAGACAAAUUUGUGGAUAUUAGUUGAAUUCUGUCAGGCCCUAAAUUUCAUCAUUUGUAAGUGUAUUGUGGAAAUGGUUACCAUGUAUCAUUUUCCUUUAAAUUUUUAUCUGAUGUACUUUACUCAGAAGCAUCUUAGAUUAAGAUAAUAUUUUUAUGGGUUUGUAAUACAUAUUCACUACUUAUAUUUUUGGUUUUCAGUUAUUGAAUUAUGCUUUUCUUUUAAUGUUCAAUAUUCGUGUUUGGAAAUAGUUAGCAUACAAACCCAUAAGAGUAUACAGUUGUGUAGGGGGAGUUCUCCUGUUUGUUGUUGUAUAUGGUGUUUGUCACACAUACUUUGUGUUUCUGUGGAAAGGCAUUGCAAACUAGGGAGCAAGAAUGGUUGUUCUGUUAAUUACAUAUGUUGCUACAUUAUUAUCUUUAACUUUUAGGGUUUCUUAGUCAGGUUUCUGUGAGAACAAGUUAUUUCUUUAAUGGGUGUUUUUAUUUCUCUUUUCACUCAAGAGUAUACAUAUAUAUCAGUUCAUGUUAAAAUAGUUUUGCUUUUUGUAGCUUAACCUGCCACAUACAUUUUAUUUUGUAUUAUGGUUUCAAAGUAUGAAAUUGAAUUUGUACAUAAAAAUGUUGCGUGACAAGAAAUAUUUUCCAAAUUUUUUUUUUCUGUAUCAGAUAACGUUGUUUCGUAAUUUGUGGCAGGAUGAGUUAUUUAGUGUCCAUCUUCAGGUUAUUUACUGUGUACCAAAAAUAGUGUGUGUUAAUAGGGUGCUUUGAAUUCAAAAUGGGGAACAGCAAUUUUCUGUCCACUUUUUGGUUCAUUUCAAUGUGAGGAAUUUUUUUUUUCCAGUUGAUGAUGUUUAUUUCAUUUUACAAUAUUUGGUCUUGGUUAUCACUAUUUUGAUAUGUUCUGUUUGCAGAUCAUGCACCAUUAAGUGUGUUGGUAUUGGUUUGUUGAUGUUUAUGUAGUAAUAUUUUGUGGAAAUUACAAAACUCAAUUGUUAGAGUAAAGAUUUAAUUGCACGUUUUUAAUUUUCAAUUUUCAUAAUAUUCUAAAGAAAAAUCUUUUCUGUACAUUUAAAUUUUAACCCUGCCAGGUUUGUAAAGAUAAAUGUUCAGGCUUUUUUUUUACUGGCUGUAUUUAAAGUUCUUUUCCAUUACUUGAGUUCAGUUAGUUAUGUUCGGUUCACCAGUUGCUUCUUCAGUGUUGGAGUGUUUUGAGCUGGUCUCAACUAUGGCACACAACUUUAUGCCAGUGGUUGUACAGUUUCCACAACACAACUAAAGUCAUUUCUCAGCAUUUAUGUUUGUUUAUUUUUUUUGGCUCACUUGUUCAUUGUUUGCACAAAUUGUUUACACUUUUGUUAUUCAUGUCAAGUUGUUUAUUUUAUCAUGCUGAGUGUUUGGAUUCUUGUUCAAUUUUUCAGUGGCAUUUACCCUUGGGCAUUACUGACUGCUUUUUGUAGUACACUGCUUGGUCAGGAUGUUCUGUCAGCUUGUAACCAAAAAUGUCAGCAUUUCUGAUAAAUAUAUUUUUACCUGGCCAGGUUGUAGAGUAACAGCUUAGCUUACCAGGAUCUUGACUGCUGUGUAGCUUUAGUUUUUCCAGCCAAUAUAAAUUCCUCACAUGCCCCUGCAAAAAAAAGCUAUAUACCUAUAUACUCUAGCAAAACAUUUCUUACAUGGUAGUAAUUUUUUUUCAGUAUUUGGAUGCAGUGCAGGUUUAUUAUUAUACAAUCUUCAAAUUAUUUCUCUGGUCUGUGCCUUUUUUGUUUCUUUUAAAAGCAGUCCAGUCCAAAUUAGCCUCAACCACGGAGGUGCCGAAAAACAAUUUCCAUAACAAGUGGUUAGAGGCUAUGUUAAGACAAUGCUGCACGUUUGCACUUGAAUGAUUGUAUUUUGUAAUCAGUUUGAAAAAAGGAUAUAUUGUAAAAAAAGUGGUCCAUGCAAGCAUGCAUUCUCCGUUUUCUACCAUGAAAAAAUAAAUUAUUCUAGUUAU